AUGACCGGCCCCGGGCCGACCGGGCUCGCUGUGACCGCUCUCUCGUCCCCGCCAUCAUGGCGAGUGUCCCAAUCGACGCUCUCGCGAUCGCUGGAGCGCCUGCUCCUCCGGUCCUCGCCGGAGGAUGGUAGCACUGGCCCCGAUGCGUCGCUCCUUUUGCAGUCUCUCCAGACAGCCGAGAGCAUCCUCAUUUUCAUCCGGGAUAUGGAGUGGCGCGUGUCGACCGGGUCCUUCCCGGCCGAGGCGGCGGCGGCGUAUGCCGCAGCGGCGGCCAUUAGCCAGGGCGAUGAGCCGGCUGAAAGGCCUGCCUCAGCCACGGGGGUCACCCUACCUGCCGACCUGCUGGCCAUUCGCCCGGGCACGGCACAGUCGCCAUCGCGCCCGGAUCGGCCACCUCCCUCGCUGGCCGAGGAUUAUAUCGUACUUUCGUGUGCCGGAUUCAAGCGCCAGUAUCGCCUGCUGCCAGUGCCACUUGGCUUUGCUCUCAUCCCCACGGAGUAUGCCCAAGCAACAGGGCCCAAGCCCGAUAUGGUCCUCCUUUCGCCCCAGUCUCGGAUACAGGCCGAUGCCGGGGCCUCGCGCUUCACCGAUCAAGAUAGCGUUCUCUGUGGCUGGAUGGAAAAGCAGGGCGACACGAAUAAGAAGUUCCGCCGCCGCUGGUUUACCCUCUCCAUGGAGACCGGUCUCUUCUCGUAUCAUCGGGCGCCAGCACGCAUGGGCGAUUACCAUUCCAUUUACGCCUCGCUGGAGGAUCGACCAGCCGAUCUUGGUGGCUCCAAGCGGCGGACAUCCGGCUCCUGGGCCGCCAUGGCGGCCUCCAGCCCUGGGAAUGGCCCGGCCUCGGGUGGCGCCUCCCCCACUGACUGGAAUCUCCUCGAGGCUGAUGGGCUCCUGUGCCGGGGGUGCACCCGGUCACCGAAGAUCGCCUCGCUGUACACGCGCCUGCUGACCACGGAAUUCAUGCUUCCGGCGGUGGCCCUGCUCACAUGUGCCGGGUCGGAGGGGCUCUCCCAGCCAAGCGGCCCGAUCACUCGCCACCAUACCAAAGCCCUCUCGGGGUCCGGCACGUCGGGCAGUGGUGCCUCUGCCAGUGAAAAGCCCCUUGCCGAUGACGCCGCGGACCACAUCCCGCAGACGGUCCUUUCACAUGACACCUCCAGCUUACGAACCAUCGACGUCAGCAAUGUCCUGAGCGUUCGCCAGGGCUACUUGCCGGAUUUGCGCCAGCGAGCCGGGCAGAUCGGGGGCUUCGGUCCCGGGGGCCAGGUUUCCCGUCGGGAGAUGCUCCAAGCCGAGACGCGCCUCUACCAGGAGGCCUUCCUUUCGGCCGGAACGGCCGCCAUCAGCAUCCAGCCGGUGGAUUCGGCCGCCAAUUUGCUUCCUCGACUGCCGGUGUCCACCUCCCCGAGCUUUGGUGACUUGUUCGACAUGAUGGAUCCUCGCGACACUGCUGGCAGGAGCGGCAACACCGGCGGCGAGGGUGAUUUAACCGCGGUGGAUGCCGACCGACGCACUCCCUCGCCGGUGUGUUUCGAUGGGGACGAGGAGGAUGGCGGCCACUGCCUCCCCCUCUCCGGGGAGACCUUCCUGGAUGAUACAGAUGGCUCGUCAGAUGAAAUGCCCGACAUGCCGCAUGGCGGCUCCUCGAGCGCGGCCCUUACUGUCCCGGCCCGGGAGGAGCCUCCGCUACAGCAUCGGCAUCUGUAUCUUUUCAUCGAGACACCCGGGCGCGUGUUUGUCCUGCAUGCGCCAUCUCCCUCGGCGCAUGCAGUUUGGUACUCGGCUCUGAUGAAUGUGAUUGCUUCCAAGGAGACACCCAUUUAUUCGGGCUGGCUGUUCAAGCGCUCAAAGUAUGGUUGGGGUUGGAAGAAACGCUGGGCAGUCCUGCGUGGCCGCCAGGCCUUUUUCUAUCGUCAGAUUGAUAAAACCCACGUCGGCCAACUUCGCAGUCGAGUCGAGCUGCGCACUUGCACCCUGGCCGAAGGGCUCCCCUCUGGGCCAACCGGCCGGGCUCACCAAUUCCGCUUGGUUUUCCAGGACGGCAGACAGCUCAUCCUGGCGGCUCCGUGUGCGGCCUCCCGGCGGGACUGGCUGUCGGCCAUCACCUACCAUCCCUCAUACCGGCCGAAUCACUUCAGUGUCAUUGAGGGAGAAUACUACUGA